GCGGCGGCGGCUCUCCUCCGCUCCCACGAGAGGAAAGUUUCUGCAGACGCUUCCGGCCAGCCCGCGCCCUCCGGCCCAGCCUCCCGAGCCUUCGGAGCGGGCGUCGUCCCAGCCCAGCUCCGGGGAGAGCGAGCCGCGAUGCCUGGGGCGUGCUCCCGGGGCCCCGCCGCCGGGGACGGGCGGCUGCGGCUCGCGCGCCUGGCGCUGGUCCUCUUGGGCUGGGUCUCCUCGCCCUCUCCCACCUCCUCGGCGUCCUCCUCCACCUCCUCGGCGUCGUCCCUGGCCUCCGAGGUGUCUGCUCAGCCCCCGCUGCCGGGCCAAUGCCCCCCGCCCUGCGAGUGCUCCGAGGCGGCGCGCACCGUCAAGUGCGUGAACCGCAACCUGACCGAGGUGCCCGCCGACCUGCCCCCGUACGUGCGCAACCUCUUCCUCACCGGCAACCAGCUGGCGGUGCUGCCCGCGGGCGCCUUCGUCCGCCGGCCACCGCUGGCGGAGCUGGCCGCGCUCAACCUCAGCGGCAGCCGCCUGGAGGAGGUCCGCGCCGGCGCCUUCGAGCACCUGCCCAGCCUGCGCCAGCUCGACCUCAGCCACAACCCGCUGGCCCACCUCAGCCCCUUCGCUUUCUCUGGCAGCAACGCCAGCGUCUCGGCCCCCAGCCCCUUGAUGGAACUGAUGCUGAACCACAUCGUGCCCCCGGCGGAGCAGCGGCAGAACCAGAGCUUGGAGGGCAUGGUGGCCGCGGCCCUGCGUGCGGGCCAUGCGCUGCGUGGACUCAGUCGCCUGGAGCUGGCCAGCAACCAUCUCCUGUACCUGCCCCGGGACUUGCUGGCCUACCUGCCGGGCCUCACACACCUGGACCUGCGUAACAAUUCGCUGGUGAGCCUGACCUACGUGUCCUUCCGCAACCUGACGCACCUUGAGAGCCUCCACCUGGAGGACAAUGCCCUCAAAGUCCUUCACAACGGCACCCUAGCCGAGUUGCAAGGCCUGGCCCACGUCAGGGUCUUCCUGGACAACAAUCCCUGGGUGUGCGACUGCCACAUGGCUGACAUGGUGGCUUGGCUCAAGGAGACCGAGGUAGUGCAGGGCAAAGCCAGGCUCACCUGUGCGUUCCCAGAAAAACUGAGGAACCGGGUGCUCUUGGAACUCAACAGCUCCGACCUGGACUGUGACCCUAUCCUGCCGCCAUCCCUGCAGACUUCUUAUGUCUUCCUGGGCAUUGUUUUGGCCCUAAUAGGCGCGAUUUUCCUGCUGGUUUUGUAUUUGAACCGCAAGGGGAUAAAAAAGUGGAUGCAUAACAUCAGGGAUGCCUGCAGGGAUCACAUGGAAGGGUAUCAUUACAGAUACGAAAUCAACGCGGACCCCAGGUUAACAAACCUCAGCUCCAACUCGGAUGUCUGAACCACGUUAGCGGACAGGUCAAGGACAGCUCUGCAUGAGGUGUAGACUUAAGCUUUCUCCCGUCCUAGGCUUGUUCCACUUGCACCCUCCACUGUAGACACCACUGAGUUUGAAAGCAGUGAAGGGGAUUUGCUUCCAUGUUAUGUAAAGUUUCUUGGUGUGUUCUGUUAAUGUAACACGAUGGACAGCUGUGCAUGGUGUUCUACCCUCUUCCUUCUCUGGGAACUUCUUCACCCGCGUGGAGGGAUUUUUCAAGUUUCAGCAUGAACGUGGACUCCUUGCUGUCUGUCUCUUUCUUAGUGCAGUUCGAGGUGUAGCAAGUGUACCCACACAGAUAGCACUCAACAAAAGCUGCCUCAACUUUUUUUGAGAAAAUUUCUUUACUCAUAAAUAUCAGUUUUAUUCUCCUAUGCGUAAGAUUAUGGAGAAAAUAAUUGCAUCCUAUAAACUGCCUGCAGACCCUAGCAAGCUCUUAAAAAUAACUCCAUAGUGCACAGGAGCACCUGCAUCCAAGAGCAUGCCUACAUUUUACUGUUCUGCAUAUUACAAAAAGUAACCUGCAACUUCAGAUAACUUCUUUGACAAAGUAAAUUACUUUUUUGAUUGCAGUUUAUAUGAAACUGAAGUUCUUUUUAUAAACUGCAUCGAGAUCCAAAAGACUGAAUUGUUAAGAAAAAUCAAUAAAGAUUCUUAAAAGAA